AUGGCAUCCAAUAGCCAAUUCCAAACUGAGCGCAAAAAGGCAUUCGAAGAAACUAAAAAACUCAACAUAAGAUUCCAAAGAGCUCAAGAAGAUAUUUUAGAUUAUGGUGACAAGCUCUGGGAGCUUCAUAUGGAUUGUUAUAUGGACGGCAAAGACAAGUGUGUCCAAAUGUAUAAUCAAGCUUUUCUGCAAUGAAAUAAGCUAAGAAGACGUAAAGCAGAUGCCAAAAAUUGCAUUAAAAAGUGUGAUGAGCUUAAAGAUCCAACUUCCAGGAUUAAAAAAGAUAUUUUGAAUGAGAAACAUUUAGAAUGCUAUAAACGAGCCCAUGAAUGCGCGAGACAAUGCACUGUUAAAGCUUUUGAUUGGCUAGGAGAAGAGCAGGAAUUUUUAAGAAAAAGUUUAGAGAAAAUGAGGGAAGAGUUCUAUCCGACAGAGAAAAAAUAA